UCUGAUGAGAAUCUCUGUUGUACGUGCCAGCUGGCAUUUGUGCUACUCUGUGCUACCACUCACGGACAAUACUGACCAAAAAGAAAAAAAGAGAGAAACAAACCAAAGACACAGGAAGAGAGCAACACCAUUUAAUUUCUGCUGUUGUUCAUUUAAAGGAGUAGUGAAAAAGACAGAAAGAACAAUCUGACUUCUGACACCAAUGAAAGGAGCGAAGAUAUAAAAAGCACAAACAUGCCAGGCCUGAUCAACAAAGGGAAACAGAGUGCUUUGCCGCUCAGUGUCUCUGAGAUUGCUUCCUGUGUCAGAGGUUACACCCUCGCCAUGACGGCCUCCAUGACCUACAACAAUAUCGAGGACCACCCCAUUGAAGGAAUCUUCAUUUACCCCUUGGAUGAAUGCUCCACAGUGGUGGGCUUCGAGGCUAUGAUCUCCAGUCAGAUUAUCACAGUGCAGAUCAAAGACAAGGCCAAAAUCGAUGACUGCUACUUUGACUGCUGCACAGUGCCUAACGGAACUUUCCAGAGAGGAAGUGGGCACAUUGUGCUUGACGAGGACCUGGAGCAGACCGUUCUGGUGGUCAACCUCGGGGUCAUCCCUCCCCUGGAGACAGUCAGCGUGCUGGUCAGCACGUCCUCCGAGCUGACCACCCUUCCCAAUGGCGGCAUCAGGGUCACCACCCCGCCAGUGUGCACCCCCAAAGUCCAGCGGUCCAUCAACGAAGACCAAGGUUUCUCUCCUUACCUGACCAGAGUGAAGGACAGGCACCACUGUGCCCUGGGAUCACAUGACCAGAACUCAACCAAUAGCCAGGUCUGUCUUGCGUGGCUGCUUGAGGAGGAGCCAAUCAAUUCCAUUGACUAUGAGUUCAGCUUCCAGCUGGAGAUCAGGGGCCCCUGCCUUCUCGCAGGUGUCGAGAGCCCCACCCAUGCUAUUCGGGCUGACGCGGACCCAUCUGCCCGUUCAGCCACCAGCGUCGUCAUCACCCUGGCGGACAAGUACACGUACGACUGCCCCAUCGAGAUCGUUAUCUAUCCAAGCGAGCCCCACAUGCCGCAUGUCCUCAUUGAGGAAGCAGACAUGACACCUGAGGAGUACAGCGAGCAUCUGAAGGGGAGGAGUGACUUCAUAAAGGGCACCAAGAAGGACUCCAGCAAUGAAAAGAAGGUGGAGAUCAUUCGCAAGCGUCUUCACAAAGACCUCCUGCACAGCCCCGUGGUGAUGCUCAACUUCUGCCCGGACCUCAAGUCCGUGACCUCUGACCUGCGGAGGGUUCAGGGAGAGUUCAUCUUCCUCAUCGACCGCAGCGGAAGCAUGAGCGGCGUCAACAUCAGCCGUGUUAAGGAUGCCAUGGUGGUGAUUCUGAAGAGCCUUGUCCCAGCAUGCUUGUUCAAUAUCAUUGGCUUUGGCUCCACGUUCAGAGCCUUGUUCCCCACCAGCCAGAGCUACGGAGAGGAGACGCUCGCCACGGCGUGCGAGCACAUCAAGAAGAUCCGCGCCGACAUGGGCGGCACCAACAUCGUGGCGCCGCUCACCUGGAUCCUGCGCCAGCCGCUGUACCCCGGGCACCCGCGCCUGCUCUUCCUGCUCACCGACGGCGCCGUCAGCAACACGGGCAAGGUCAUCGAGCUGGUGCGCAGCCACGCCCGCUUCGCCAGGUGUUACACUUUUGGGAUUGGUCAGAACGCCUGCAGGAGGUUGGUGAUUGGUGUCUCCAUGGUUUCCAAAGGCACUGCCGAGUUCUUGGCAGAGGGUGAGCGACUGCAGCCCAAGAUGAUCAAGUCCCUCAAGAAGUCCAUGUCGCCGGUGCUGAGCGACAUCUCCAUUGAGUGGCUGUUUCCCGAAACGAAGGAGGUGCUGCUUUCCCCCAUGGGCACCACCUACUUGUUCCCUGGAGACCGCCUUAUUGGCUACUGCGUGGUCUGUGACACAACACAGUACCACUCAAAUCCCAAGUCUGACAAAAGGAGGCGGUACAGCAUGAUGCGCUCGAACGAAUCGGCCAGCUCGGUGUUUUACCACUCCCAAGAGGAGGACCCUGGGAAAAUGGGCAGUGAAGUCCGAGGAGCGCUGAGGGAGGGUGUGGCCGGGUCGCUGUACGACGGUUACCAGGAGACCGUGUCAGAAAGCCCUCCAGCCUCGUCCGAGCAGGACAUGACGGGAAUGGAGCCCAAAACUUCCCCGAGAAGGCGAGCGUACAGCACCAAUCAGAUCGUAGACUAUAACCCCAUGAAGAAAGUCUACACCCCCAGUGACCCCAGCUCGGCGGUGGGGAAGAACCCUCUUAGAAGGGCCAAGGUUCAGGAGCUGAUUGGUCAGGCCAGUCCAGACCAUGGAGCCCAGUGGAUGAAUGACUAUCAGCCACAGCUGGCGAGCCUGUGCGCUGCGUCCUCCCGGGGUCGGGCCACCAGCGGCAGCGUGGGCGGGGCACCGAGGUCCCUCCCCCAGGAGGCGGAGCCUGAGGCGGAGCAUCUGCAGCCGAGCACCGGCCCCCAGGCGGCGGGCGGUGGGGCGCGGCCCGCCGAGGAGGCCUCCAGGUCCUCCACCGACAGCAUGUCUGUCAGCAGCUACGGCGACUCAGAGGGCUACGGCCACCAGCACUGCGAGGUGGAAUUGGCCCAGGAGCCGCUGACCCCUGACCCCGGCUCAGCCAAUCACGGUCGGCAGGACUGCAAGGCGGUGGUCUCGGGCCUGCUGUGUGGCAAGCCGGUGAAGUGGGAGGUGGCCUUCGACAUCGAGCCCUACCUGAAGGGGCGGGAGAGAGAGGAGAAGGUUCACGAGGACCUGUGGAACGAGACCUUCCACCACCUGGCCGGGCGCUCCAUCAUUCAGGACUUUGAGCAGAUGGCGGAGAAGGAGUGUGAGAUCGAGCACGGUUCGGGUAGAAGGUACCAGGCCUAUGCCAUUCAUACCAGCAAAGCCUGCAAUAUUCUCAGUAAAUACACAGCGUUUGUCCCUAUUGAUCUGGACACAAACGAAUACUUGCAGACACUUGUUGAGUACACAAGACCAGCGGAAGCUGUGAAGCCCGGUAGCCAAGCGGGCUCGCGUUCUGGAAGCCGGAAAAACCGCGGCUACUCCAUCGGGCUGGGACGCUCCCAGUCCGGCUGCAUGUCCGAGGGGGGCGAGGACGGCCUCCUGCCAAUCAGUGUGGACGAUGGCGCAUCUCCCUGUAGCAGCCCCUCAUCUUCAGGCUGGGAGAGAUGCAGCUUCAUCGAAGCCAAUCAGAGGAGCCCAUCGGUGACCUCGGAGCAUUCCCAGAAAUCUCUGGAAAGCCUCUUCUCUGCCAGGCUCAGCCUGACCAGGGCCAGGCUGCUGACCCGAGCCGCGCGGGGGUUCAUGUGCCGACCGCCCAGUAAAACCAGCGAGUCGACGAGCGAGAGCGAGAACAAGGACUACAUCCCCCUGGUGUCCUUGCAGUUAGCCUGUGGGGCCUUUGCCCUGACCAGCACCUUCUCUGAAGCCAUCAACAUCCCCAUUGACAAGCUGAAGUGGACGUCUCCCUUCGCCAGCCACAGGGGGAGCCUAGCGCAUGUGUCCCACUCGAGCAGCCGCAAAAGCGAGAGCCAGGACGAGGGCGGGGCCCACUCCGGUUCCCCCCCAAAAGAGACCUCGGCCGGCCCGGCCCUCCACGCAGAGGAGCCCCUCCUCAGCCCCUCCCCCCUGGCCCGGAGCCCCCGGACCGAAGGCGAGCCCCACUCGCCCGCCCACUCGGACAGCGGGCGGGGCUCGGAGUCCUCGGAGGGCAUGGAGACCCCGCUGCCGGCCACGCCCUGCCCCCAGCAGACGCUGGCGGAGCCGGAGAGCAUGGUGUGGGCCACAGCGGUGGCCCUGGCCUGGCUGGAGCACAGCUCGUCCUGCUACUUCAUCGAGUGGGAGCUGGUGGCGGCUAAGGCUAGCAUGUGGCUCAGCGCACAGACCAUCCCGGAGGGCCGCGACCUGGCCGCCGUCAAAGCCGCCGCCAACCAGCUCUUCAUCAUCCUCCGGCACUGGGAAGAGAACCUGCAGCUCAACAUGCUGUGCUACAACCCCAACACCGUCUGAGCGCGCACAAGGGCUCUCUCGUAUGGAAAAAGUUGUGCUGCCGCUCCCUUUUCAAUGGCCCAGGUGACCUGUCAGUCGUUUCCCACAAGAAGCAAACCUACCUUCUUGAAACUGAGGAAAAUAAAUAUUUAAACAUUGAAAAGACUAAGUUUCUUCAAUUAUUUGGAGCAAACCCUUUUGUGAAAGAGUUAGGUUAUCACUAUGAAAAGUACAACAUUUAUUUACAACUGUAGGUCUCACUAGUCACUUUGAAGCAAAGUGGCUGCAUGGGAGUUUGAUAAGAAUUUAUGCCAUGUACUUUUCUGUUGAUCGACCAAUUCCUUAAUUAAAUGGAUUACUUGUCAACAAAUAGUUAACCACAUGGUCUUUCAAUGUUUUGAUUAUUGUUUUCUUCAAUUUAAUGAAGGAUUGCUGUUCACAUCCUAUUGAUGAAUGGCAUCGGAACAGAGAUGGCUUGACUUCAGUUAUUGUGUUUUUUAAAUGUUUGUGGGAAGCAGUUUGUGUGGGUAUGAGCACUGUUCUUCUGGCUUGCUUUAUCCCGUCACAGUACUAUGUCCGUGUGUGUUUAAAGUGAUGUGCUCAUGAAUAUUGGGGUGGGUUAACAUACAACGUGCUUGCCAAACGCUGUCUUUGUGGUUGCGUCUGACAACGUUGAGAACGAGAUGUGGUUGUGGCAUCGGCAACAAACAGCCAUCUAAAUCAGGACAGAAUGGGAAUCUCUAGCCUCACUAAAUGUCUAUAAAAGGAGGACACAGUUAACUGUAAGCUUUGGGAAGAUGAAUGGGGACACGGAGGCAAUGGGAAUCUUUAACCUUAGGGAAUAUCUAUCAUAUCUGCAGAUAUUGUGGAACACUGAGAUACGUGUUUGCCUACUAGCUCUUUAUUCCCAUUCUCCAGGUGUAUCCAAAUUUGUUUCAUCAUCUAAACUGGAUAUUACAAGACCUUUCCAAACUCCACAACCCACUUAAAAAGCAAGCACAAUCUUUGCUACCCACCCCUUAGGAAAACUGUAGCAUUUAAAAAGGCUUUUGAGACAAAUGUCAAAAUAAUUGUCCUUGUCACCUGCCUUUAGCUUAGCAGGGGUCCAAUCUGAACCUGGCUUUCCGUCCCGUUUGCGCGAGCGGCUGCGGAACGGGUCGCACGUUUUUCGCGCCGACCUCGCAGCCCACCUCGACGGCCCCAUUACCAGUCGGCGUGUUCCGUGAAUUCCCGAGCAGCUGAGCCGCUGAACUGCGGCGUGCCGACAAGCCCGUAACGGCGAGAGCCUCGUCUCCUCGCGCUCCCCGCCAACGCCGGCCCUCUCUCAGCUGCUUCGCAUUCUGUCCAGAGUGCCGCUCCCUUGCCUUCAAUUAGGAUUCAGUGACCCUUGCGGUCUGCUUGCCCGACGUUCAGUAUUAUACAAAACUACACGGCUCACAUUACAAGGCCUCGUUAUCGUUUAUUUGCUCUCUUGAAAGCAAAAGGCUGGGGGUUUCAGGGCAUGUUAUAGGCUGAGCAGGUAUUUAAAUGUCUGAAAUGAGCUAGAAUUACUGAUUUCUAAUCAUACAUUUAAUUAAAUCAUGAUAGAAGGGACCUGCAAUACAGAAAAUAAAUAGACUUUUCUGGUGUGACAAGCAGAAGGUGUACAUGAAGUAAUGCACAGGGGAAGUCUGCCCACACUAACAAUUAAUGUGUAGUGUCUUAACACUUUCGAUGUUUACAGUGGUAUUUUUCAGUGGCUAUCCAGACCCCUCAACUCACUAUUGAACUAGCCAUGCAAUAGCUGUGCUACGUAAACUGACAGUGCAGUUUCUUUACAGUAUGAUAAUUUCAUCCAAAUCGCAUAUCUGUCAGUAUUAAAAGUACGAAAACAUGCAAGCAUAUGAUGUCAGACCGGUUCACAGUUGCAUUGAUACAACAUGCAAUGUUUGAGAAUCAUAGCACCUGUUUAGCAAUUGUAUAAUUUGCUCUUCCCCCAUCUGAUCAGAUGUUUUGUCAUUUUGGUGAUCUGUGAUUGAAAUUCGUCAUCUUUCCUGCUUUGCGCUCUUUAGCCUUAAGUGCCUAUUUAUCUUGCUUAAGCGUUAAUUGAGACUUGAUGUCAGAAAUGAAAUGUCUUGCCAUUUCCUCUGGGUCUGUCCAGAGAGACUGUUAUAUCAGAGGUACAUUCAACUGCACCACUGAUCUUCAUUUCUGGUCCUGGAGAGCCGCAGGGUCUGCUAGUUUUUGUUUCCGCCUUGAUAUCAGCAACCAAUUCAGACCCAAGAAACCAGAUGAGGUGACUUAACUGUGUAAUCGACUGCUUUCAUUAAUCAAUUAAGUAUCGAGUAAGGACAAAAAGACAAAACAAAAAACAAACCAGCAGACCCUGCAGCUCUCCAGGACUGGGACUGAAAAUCACUGAACUACAUUAACUGUUGGCUAACUGUUUUCAGCAAACUGUAAUAUUUAAACCAAUUUAGCAAAACCAUUUAAAUUAACAUUUCACGCACCAACAAAUGUAGUGUUCUAGCAAAAUAGUGUCAGGUUUAUCAUCAUUUGUUACCAAAAUGGCUACCUGGAGAGGAGAAAGCUAUCCUAUAUCUAGCAACCCUGCUUGACAAACCAACACCUUGUUAGUAAGCUAACAUUGCUCAGUGAUGUGCAUAAUGCUUUGCUUCUUUGAGUCCAAGUCCACAUAAAAACUCCACAAUAGUCAUAAGAGUCGGGGAAGGUAGUCUGUACGUUUAAACAGGCUUAACACAAUGAACUGCAGCACGUAGUCAUUGUGCUCUCCUCCUGUCUGCUUUAGUCAGCCAUGUGCCAUUUUUUGUUUGCCACCCACUAUGGUAUUAAGCUUAUUGAUUUUGUUAGCAAACAGUCACGGCAAACAGAAAGCCAACAGAAAAUCUUUGCAUAGUUGAACGUAACUCUGUUUAGUUUUUUGUAUAUCUCAGUAGCAAAACACGUGUAUUUGUUUGCCUGGAUCAAGAUAAUUUGUUUGUUGUGUAGUAUUCAUAUACAACUGUUGAAUCAAUUUCAAUCAAAAUCAAUUCUUUGAAUUUUAUUUUUCAGAAAUGAUUUUUAAAGCAGGUGAUAUCAGAAGUGUUCAGAUUAACAUGUUAAAUACCUUGGCCCUAACCUGUCAAAGAGAUAUGAAAUAUGUACUUGGCGAAAGAAUACCUAAUGAUAACCUUUUUUAUGAAUUCAUUCAUUCCAUUGUUAAUCUUGCCAGAAAGCCAUUGAUUUAAAAAAAGCAUAUCUGUAAAAUGACUUUAGCAGAUGUCUCAUUGGCCAGUGAGAUGCAACGACUUUAACAACAACACACGCACGACACACGCUUCAGUGAAGAUUAUUGGCAGGACAACUGACAAUGUUCAUUCUGCUUCGUUGAAAUGUUAUUGGGCCUGCUGUGCUGAAAUCUGUCUGUCAGCAUGAGUUCUGGAAAUAUCAAAAAGUUAAAAAAAAAAACACCUACCCAUCAUGAUUGUGGUUUGCGGCUUUACCUGUAAACUCGGGACGUGAUUCUGAGCUGGAGUUGUGUUUCUCAAGUGGCGUGCGUAUUUUAAGAAGGUGUUUACUGUUCAAUGCUGUAUGGUGCCACUAGUGCUGUGUUUUUUCUACAGGUCUCGGUAAUAUGAUGGACUGUGUCUCUGCAUGUAAUAAAAUAUCAGAGC